AUGUUAUCAGGUCCUACUCUUGUACCUCUAGGUUUCAGCGGAUUUGAUGGGGUUCCUACUAGUUUCGAAAGUUUUUGUUCAGUAUCAACCAACCAAGCCUUUUCCCACGGGGAAUCGGUUCUCGAUGACGCUAAUGUCGCGAAUGACAGGUUACAUAAAAUGGUAGUAAAAGACGACACUGCCAGAUUGCAGAGUCUGCCAGCAUCUGAGCUUUCAAAGAAAUUUCUUCAUCUAAUCAGCCAGGGCACUACAUACUCUGUUGUUAUCGCCAAAGAAUACGAGAAGCUUUCCUUAGAGAUGGCUUCCCUCAAGGCUAAAUAUAAAGAUGUUACUUCUACACUUAAAAUAAAAGAAGAUGACUUGACUAAUGCAAAAUUAAACUUUCAAGAUGAGAAAGUGAAACUUACCAAAGAAUACUCUGAUAAGCUGGAAUUCGAGAAGCUAGCUGCCGUGGAGAGUUUUAAAAAUUCUGAUGAAUUCAAGGUGCUCAUAGGCAAGGCUUGCUGUGAAGGUUUUGACCGGUUCAAAGCUCUUGUCGGCAAAGAUCAUCCAGACAUAGACUUUUCUAGGUAUGACGUUCUAAGUGAGAGCGAAGAGGAAGAUUGA